AAAUAGUAAACAUGUGGUUGUUUUACUUAUGGCUUUAUAUAGAUGGUAUACUGUUUUAUUGUAUUUUGGUAAUAUAGACGAACCCAGACCAUUUACUGAUUUAUUGAUGAUAACGCGCUGAUUGUGGUGUCCAUGAUGUUUGGGCUGUUUAUGAUGAUUUAAAUUGUGAUUAUGAUGAUGAUAAUAAUGAUUAUUAUUGCACUGCUGUUGUUGCUGUUGUUGUUGAUGACGAUCGUGAUAAUGUUGCUAUUGAGGAUGAUGAGGAAGAGGAGGAGGAGAACGAAGAAACAGAGAAACAAAAUUAAGAUUCUUCUUGAUCUUUUUAAAAUUGCAAUAUCACUGCAAGAUGAUAUCUGUGUACUUGAAGUUUGCGGAACAUUCAAGACGAGAGAAGGACACGUCAAGCAGUCCUGCCCGCAACGCAAUUGCCUCAGGCGCCAGAUGUUGGAAGAGGAGAUCAUGAUGUAAUGGACGCUCUACAGGACACUUGAAGCAGUCCUGCCCGCUACACAACUGCCUCAGGUGCCAGAUCACGGGGAGGAGAUCACGAUGCAAUGGACGCUCUAUGGGACGCUUGAAGCAGUCCUGCCCGCUACACAAUUGCCUCAGGCGCCAGAUCACGGGGGAGGAGAUCAUGAUGCAAUGGACGCUCUACGGGACGCUUGAAGCAGUCUUGCCCGCUACACAACUGCCUCAGGUGCCAGAUCACGGGGAGGAGAUCACGAUGCAAUGGACGCUCUACGGGACGCUUGAAGCAGUCCUGCCCGCUACACAAAUGCCUCAGGUGCUAGAUCACGGGGAGGAGAUCACGAUGCAAUGGACGCUCUACGGCAGUCUGGAGAACCCGGCUACCGUUGCGCAGAGAGCAGACGUGUCCAUCUGAGUAAUCGACACGAAGAAGAAGAGUACCGGUAUAUUCUUCAGUGAUGCUCCAUUGACAGCAUUAGAGUACCACAUGCUGGGAUAUCAAAUCAUGUUUUGCCAACAUUUAUUUUUGUCACAACAUCUGUAGCAGCUUUAAGUUGUGUUUAUCUUGUAUGUAACGCAAUGAUAAGGUGGCUAGGCUGUGUACAGUAAAUACCAUUUUUGCUACUGUUUGUUCAAAAUGUGUGAUUUAAUAUCAGAAUGUAGCUUGAACAAGGUGGGAAUUGACAUUUACGAAUAAAGUCAUCUGCAUACUCGUAUAUUCCUAUAUGGCUGGUCUACAUUGCUUCCUUGUAAUACUGCAUACUCGCAUAUUCCUAUAUGGAUGAUCUACCUUGCUCCCUUGUAAUACUGCAUAAUCGCAUAUUUCUAUAUGGAUGGUCUGCCUUGCUCCCGUGUAAUACUGCAUAAUCGCAUAUAUAUAUAUGGAUGGUCUGCCCUGCUCCCUUGUAAUACUGCAUACUUGCAUAUUUCUAUAUGGAUGGUCUAAUUUGCUCCCUUGUAAUACUGCAUAAUCGCAUAUUCCUAUAUGGAUGGUCAGCCUUUCUCCUUUGUAAUACUGCAUACUAGCAUAUUCCUAUAUGGAUGGUCUGCCUUGCUCCCUUGUAAUACUGCAUAAUCGCAUAUUCCUAUAUGGAUGGUCUACAUUGCUCCCUUGUAAUACUGCAUACUCGCAUAUUCCUAUAUGGAUGGUCUACCUUGCUCCCUUGUAAUACUGCAUAAUCGCAUAUUCCUAUUUGGAUGGUCUACCUUGCUCCCUUGUAAUAAUGCAUAAUCGCAUAUUCCUAUAUGGAUGGUCUACAUUGCUCCCUUGUAAUACUGCAUACUCGCUUAUUCAUAUAUGGAUGGUCUGCCUUGCUCCCUUGUAAUACUGCAUAUUCCUAUAUGGAUGGUCUGCCUUGUUCCCUUGUAAUACUCGAAUAUUCCUAUAUGGAUGGUCUGCCUUGCUCCUUUGCAAUACUCGCAUAUUCCUAUAUGGAUUGUCUGCUUUGCUCCCUUGUAAUACUCGCAUAUUCCAAUAUGGAUGGUCUGCCUUGCUCCCUUGCAAUACUGCAUAUUCCAAUAUGGAUGGUCUGCCUUCUCCCUUACAAUACUGCAUAUUCCUAUAUGGAUGGUCUGCCUUGCUCCCUUGCAAUACUGCAUAUUCCUAUAUGGAUGGUCUUCCUUCCCCUUGCAAUACUGCAUAUUCCUAUAUGGAUGGUCUGCUUUGCUCCCUUGUAAUACUCGCAUAUUCCUAUAUGGAUGAUCUGCUUUGCUACCUUGUAAUACUCGCAUAUUCCUAUAUGGAUGGUAUUCCUUGCUCCCUUGUAAUACUCACAUAUUCCUAUAUAGAUGGUCUGUUUUGCUUCCUUGUAAUACUCACAUAUUCCUAUAUGGAUGGUCUACCUUGCUCCCUUGUAAUACUGCAUUCUCGCAUAUUUCUAUAUGGAUGGUCUGUCUUGCUCUCCUUUUAUACUGCAUAUGGGACAGGGAGAUCACUGUGAAGAGUUGGGCACGAUUUGAGCUCAGAAUUGUACCUCCUGUCAUGUGCAUUUUUACUUAGCUUAGUGACUAUACUUAAGUGUUAUAUGAUUGUGUAUAUGUGUGUGUAUUCUCCAUGUUUAUUUAUUGAAUGCAACACAUCGUCAUUUUAAUGACAGAUAGAUGUUGUUCAAAAUUCAUGAUUUUAACAAUAAUAACACUAUGUUAGGAAUAAAGGAUUGUCUCGAUAUUAUUUUAGAAAAAUAUUACACAUAAUUAAAAUCUUCACAGUCACAAAUAUGCAUAGCAAACCAGCAAAUAAAGAGUGUUUUUAAUAUCAAAUGAAAUUAUGCAAACUAAUACAUACUUAAAGGAACAAUUUUAAACGAAACUGGUUGGGCAUGCCUUAUUUGUGUUGGAAAUUUGAAUUAAGAAACAUAUUAUUAAAUAUUAAAUGAUAAAUUUUGAAUGUUUUAAAUACUAUUU